UGUGAUUGGGCGGGCAUUUAACGAUGGCUAUCGUCUGGCGUGCGUUCUUUGGGGGGUUAUCCUCUUUCUUCACCUCUCUUCCAUCGACUCCUCCAUGGCCUCCUUCGUCUCUCCGUCUCCUCCCCCCACGCACUCCCCUCUCUCCUUUCGCGUCCGCUCUAUCCCAUCUCCUUCUCUCUUCCUCCUCCAUUCCCUUCCCUUGGGUCCUCGUCUCCGCUCUGCCGCGCUGAUGCUUCAUGCCAAGAUCCGGGCAGGCCCCGCUAGGGCAGCUGCCGAUGAUCCCAAGGCCGGGGUGGCCGUCUACAAGCCGAGAUCCUAUGAAGUUCUCGUCUCCGACGCCGCUCGGUCCCUCGUGUGUGCUGUCGACGAUGGCAAGACCCGUCUCGAGAUCGAUUUCCCGCCCUUGCCAAGCAGCAUUUCGUCUUAUAAGGGAAAUUCAGAUGAGUUUAUUGAUGCAAACAUCCAACUUGUGCUUGCUGUUGCCAGGAAACUCCAGGAGAUGAAGGGGACCAGGACUUGCAUUGUGUUUCCUGACCAGCCAGAAAAGCGCAGGGCUUCUCAGUUGUUUCGGGCAGCUCUUGAUACAAUUGGUAGUGUAACCUUUGGGUCACUAGAUGACAUUCCCAGUGGGCCUGUCACAAGUUUCUUCAAAUCCAUAAGAAAUACAUUGGAUUUUGACUUCAAUGAUGAUACUGAAGCUAGUUUGGAGUCUAGCGAACCACCAGCUUUAUACAUUUUUAUCAACUGUAGCACACGUGAUCUUUCUGCUAUAGAGAAGUAUGUGGAAAAGUAUGCUGCAUCUGUCCCAGCGCUUCUUUUCAAUCUUGAACUAGAUACAUUACGUUCUGACUUGGGUCUUUUGGGUUUUCCAACCAAAGAUUUGCAUUAUAGGUUUCUUUCUCAAUUUGUUCCUGUGUUCUAUAUUCGAACAAGAGAAUAUUCAAAGACAGUUCCAGUUGCUCCUUUUAUAGUGAAUUACAGUGGCGCUCUGUUCCGUCAAUACCCAGGACCUUGGCAAGUGAUGCUUAAACAGGCUGACGGCUCCUAUGCUUGUGUUGCAGAAAGUGCUACUCGUUUUACUCUGGGAGAGGCUAAAGAAGAACUUCUACGGAUUCUUGGCCUGCAAGAGGAACAAGGGAGCUCGCUGGAAUUCCUGAGAAGGGGUUACAAGAACGCCACAUGGUGGGAAGAGAACACUGAUUUGGAGUUGUCUUCUGCCUGGCGGAGUUGAAAACGAAUAUACCUGCACCUUUGACCAUGCUCGUUUUCUGAUGGACCUGGAGAUGAUUUGGUGGUGGCCUCCAAAAUGACUGGAGUUCCAGGGUCAGCUGCAUCAUUUGGGAGCAGGAAGAGAUACCACAUAGUCAUUCUUUAUCGGUCGCCUUGCUCUUGCUCAUGGCACGGCAAAUACACAGUGUGAAGGGUUAUCACGAUAAUUGUUAUAUAAGAAGUUUGAAAAUGUGCGAAAACAUUGAACUUCUGUGCAUUGAUCCAUUUGUUUUAUAUUUGGUUGUUCCCCA